GGUCUGCCUACCGGGGUGACCUUGGACGCGUCCCUGCCCCCUCUUUGCUCAAUUCCUAUGCUGAGGAAGAGAAGACAGGUCUCCGUGGGAGUACUGCUCUUGAGGCUUUGGGUUGUGAUGCGAGCCCGCAGGGCGAAGCGUUUCAAAUGGUUGGAACAUAGAUUUCACCCAAGGAGUCUGGAUAAGCUCCGCCCAUGGCGAAUCGUGGAUGACUGCGGUGGGGCCUUUACAAUGGGCACCAUAGGUGGUGGAAUCUUUCAAGCUAUCAAAGGUUUUCGAAAUUCUCCAGUGGGAGUAAACCACAGACUACGAGGGAGUUUGACAGCUAUUAAAACCAGGGCUCCACAGUUGGGAGGGAGCUUCGCGGUUUGGGGAGGUCUGUUCUCCAUGAUUGAUUGUAGUAUGGUUCAAGUCAGAGGCAAAGAAGACCCGUGGAAUUCCAUCACUAGCGGUGCCUUAACAGGGGCCAUCCUGGCCGCCAGAAAUGGACCAGUGGCCAUGGUUGGCUCGGCUGCGAUGGGUGGCAUUCUCCUAGCCCUUAUCGAAGGAGCUGGUAUCUUGUUGACAAGAUUUGCCUCUUCACAGUUUCCCAAUGGCCCUCAGUUUGUGGAAGACCCCUCCCAGCUGCCCUCAGCCCAGCUACCAUCUUCGCCGUUCGGCGACUAUCGGCAGUAUCAGUAGGACCGUCUCCCAGCAUCUUCUUGGCGGAAUGAGCUGCAGUGCAGUCUGGUUUUAAAACUGUAGGCGGGACAACUGUGGCCAACCAGGCUAUGAAGAGACAUUUAGCACUUUUUCUAUUUAAAAGAAACUGGAGGGGGGAUAGAAGAUACUGCAUUUAUUUAUUCACACUUGGAUUGCAUUUGUGAUCAAAAUAAAUGUCUAAUAUCAUUAAAAAGAAAAAACAGGAAGUGCUUAGAAGAUGAAGGACCAAAGGGCAAGUUCCAGUGGAACCCGACCAUCUUUUCCUUGGGGACUUCUCUGCCUGGUUUUAUGUGUGCCAUUAUUCAAACAAUAAAAACUCCUGGAACUUA